AUGACAUCUUUGUAUGGAGAAAGAGUAACACUACUACUCAAGAAAUGGACGACCAACAACACAAGGUUAGCAGCGUUUCGAAACAGAAGAAUAUUCCUACUAGAGUGCAAAAGACAAGAUCUGACACCACCACAUAUUGGAAAUGGAAUGAAGAACAUAAACAAUCUUUUUGAGUUGAAUUCGGGUGUUAGAUUGAACAGAAAGGUAGCUGAGUUCAAUGAGAAACUCACGGGCAAGAUCAUAAGAUUGGAGAUCGAACAUACACAAUCCACAAUAAAAAGAUUGGAGAGAAUUCAGGAUGAAAACUUGAGAGAACUGAACUCAAUGUUACCACAAACCACAGUGUCUGAGUUUCUUCGGAGGCAGAAUAUAACCUAUACUAGGGAGUUUCACAGGAUUGGACGUAAGAACAGAGAAAAGAUUAGCAGAUUGAUAGAGAGAAGAAAGACCAAAUACAAGACACAAGAGAAAUGGUUCAAAAAUCUUACAACAGAACUUUUACCAGAGGAAGUUAAAACUACACUAUCAUUGGGAAAUAAAUUUGGCAUCUCAACAAAUAUAAGAGAAACAUCUUUAAGAAGGUUAGUGGCAGAUAUUGAAAAUAUAUUAGAUAUGAUACCUAACGAUGAAAGAGACUUACUUAGAGCUAAGACAACCAGUAUCGUGACUAAUCAUUUUCAUAAGUAUAAAGACCAAACACGUAUUAUUGAUUUCAUGUUCAACAAAACAAAGAACUUCCUAAGAAUUCAUGAUCACUUGUUGGUAUUAAAUAGUGACAAGGGCUCAGUUACGGUUGUUAUGACAAAAGAUGAGUACUUACAAAAAAUGCAAACCCUUUUAAAUACAGAUAGUUUCAAGGAAAUAUCAAGAGAUCCCACAACAACCAUACAGACCAAGACAAACAAGAUUAUAACAGAUCUAAAGAACAUAGAUGCUAUAGAUGAUGUUCAAGCAAAAUUAUUGAGGAAAUACAAUUCAAUAGCCCCACGCAUAUAUGGAAACCCAAAACUACAUAAAAUAGAUGUACCAUUAAGACCAAUUGUAUCAGAUGUACAGGGACCAACGAUUAAUUUAGCAAGAUUUAUUGCCAAAAUUCUAACAGACGCUUAUGAUACAAACAAUGAGUUCUAUGUAAAGGACACAUUUGAAAUAGCACAAAUGUUGAAUAAUUUUAAAUUACCACCAAAUUACAUACUUGUCUCUCUAGAUGUAGUGAAUCUUUUUGGAAAUAUAACUGAAGAUUUAGUCUAUGAGGCUGUGAAAGAGAGAUGGGACAACAUAGAACAACAUUGCAGCAUCCAAAAAGAAAAAUUUAUGGACAUAAUAGAAUUCCUGUUAAAAAAUGGGUAUUUUGUGUUUGAGGGUAGAUAUUUUAUACAAACGUUGGGUUGCAGCAUGGGAUCAAAACUAAGUCCAAUACUGUCCCUUUAUGUUAUGGAUUAUUUGAUAAGAAAAUGCAUACCAAAGCUAAUUUUCAAACCACCAUUCCUUAAAAAAUUCGUAGAUGAUGUGAUAACAGCUAUACCCAAUACAGAAAAAGAAAAUGUCCCCACAAUAUUCAACGGUUUCAAUGAACACAUACAAUUCACCAUGGAAGAAGAAGAUGAAAAACAGUCCAUACCAUUUUUAGAUAUGAGAGUGUACAGGUGUGAUGACAUUAUAAAGUUGGACUGGUGUAAGGGUAUAAGUUACGGUGAACUUACAGGGGGGCCAUUUGAAAACGAAACAGAAUGCGGCGAAUUGGCCACAUUCCUUGAAGCGGAGAUUUUUGUUUGA